AUGUCACGACCUUAUUUUCGAAGCGGGAGAACACCCUGGGGAGGCUCUUUUCGUGAUGACAAGUCCCAGCGAACGCGGGAAGUUGUCCCGUCACCUGCUCCUCCAGUGGGAGAUCACAUCGAGACCAUUUCGUGGGAGGACAUGCUUCACAAGAAAGCCUCGCCAGAGGUAGCUAGCAUUGGUAUUUCCGGCACUGAACUCAUCGCAUCGUACAACUGGCUUGAUGAGUGCUAUCCGAAGAUUAUCAUUCCAGGCAAGCCUCCAGUGUGGACUCCUCCCCUUGUACGCCAACAGCUUCAAGAAGACAAUGGCAUCUACUAUCGAGACCGCAACGCAGCAUUCUACCCUAAGCACCCAAUCGAGCCAGCCAUCGUGUCGGUUAUGCAGAUGCAUCAUACCCCACAACAUGUAGACGUGUUUGCGUGUGGGAGCACGCUGGGAAAUUUGCUUAGGUUCCUACGAGGCGACGAUAGGCCGUUCCGGAUGCUUGUUGAGGUUGUUGCCGGGACCGUUCAUCUCAUCCGUAGGGAGAAUACACCGAAAGAGCAGAUCCUUGGCGUGAGAGGCUACGGCCACACAUUCCCGGAAGCGUACACUACUUGGGAGGCAGACGUGAAAGGAUCCCUUUCGCAUCAACGUAUCAUCAAAUAUCGGUUUUGUGGGCUCGACAUGAUGGUGCGAUUCGAAGGUGAUGGCUACAUCAAAUCGGACAAGACACCACUGAGGGCGGGUGAUGAGGCUGACCUGCUGGAUCUACUCGACGGCCUCGGCGUAGACCGCGCAGGCAAAGCGACGAGCCCCGACAACUCCGAGAGCAUUCUCCACGUAGGAAACGCAGGAGCAGAGGUAAAACAGGGCCAAGUUUUCGACUUGAAGACGCGCUCGGUCAAACGACAAGACGAGGAUAUCCUUGGAGAGGAACUGCCACGCCUGUGGGUUGCCCAGAUACCCAACUUCAUUCUCGCGUUCCACGACCGAGGUCAUUUUACCGAUGUGCGGAUUCAGAAUGUGAAAGACAAGGUGCAGAAUUGGGAAGCACAGAAUCAGUCCCUGCUGAGGGGUUUCUUUCAUCUCCUGAGCCACAUUAUUGACACAGCAGGCGACUAUGAAGAUGGUGAGCUCGAGAUUAUCCGACCAGCUGGAGGUGGGCUCGAGAUCCGGAAACGAGCGCCCGAUGUAGGGAGUGUUCUCUCCGGUCCGGUGAGGCAAAGCUGGGCGUGGUGGCUCAGCAAUGGUGAGGAUGCAGGGCAAGAUGCGAGAGUAGCCCCCUUGGAUAUGCACACGGCGAAGGAAACCAGCAGCGAGGAUGACAGUGACGAAGAGGCAGACUAUACUGCUUGCGACGUGUAUUGCGGCUAUUGUGGGAAGUGUGCCUAUUAG